CACAUGAAGGUAGAAGGGGGUGUGUGUGUAUAAGUGUUGACAAUAACGUUGGGAAAAAAUAGUAUUAGACUUUUCUGGAGCAUAAGAUGGACUGAUCCAUAUGGUGCAAUUUGCUCUUUCAGCUGUACGCAGCUGCUCAGAUUUAACCCAGGGACUGGAUGUACUCGUGUCGCUUUUAGAGAAAUGCCAUCCUAACAUCUGGUGAACGUAGUGGGGCUCAUGUCUGUGCUGCUGUUGUAGGUCCAGCGAGAUCUGAACGUCGCCAUUGCAGAAUUCACUGAAUUGAAGCAGCAGUUGGAGCGCGACACACUGAUUCUGAGUGUGUUGAAAAAGCUUCAAGAGUUUGAUACUGCUAUUAAAGACUAUAACGCCGCGCUGCAGGAAAAGAAGUAUGUUGUUGCAGCUCAGCAGCUGGAAAAGGCACGGAGUAGUCUGAAGCUGCUGGAAUCUCGCAAAGGCUUUGAGCUGAAGAUCCUGAAAGCGCUAGGCAUGGAGCUCACGGUGCAGACCCAGAACAUGCUCUAUCAGCUGGGAGAGGAAUGGCAGAAAAUGGUGGUGUGGAAGCUUCCUCCUUCAAAAGAGCUCAGCAGCCUGGAGUCGGUGAGGCAGACAGAGCUGCACUUGUGCACAAAGCUGCUAAAGGAGGAGGAAAUUGCUGAUUCACCUAUCACUUCUGUGCUCCAGGCUUUUGCCAUCCUAGGAGAAUUGCACACCAAGAUUAAAUUUUUUGGCCAGUUAUUGCUGAAGUGCAUCCUCAAGCCACUGAUUUCUUACCCAUCCCUUCAGCCCUCGGUUACGGAGCAGCCCGAGGCGGUCGUCUUGCGGUUUGAGACUAUAGAGCCUAAUUCAGAGCCGUCGUCUCCAGUAGAGGUGUUUGACAAGAUCAGGCUGGUUCUCGAAGUCCUCCACACACAGCUGCUGAACGUGCCUGUGGAUGAGCGCGUGGAAGGGGAGAAGGAUGGCCGCAGUGUAUUAGCACAGGUGCUAGGUGACAUGAUCUGGGGAGAGCUGUCGGACUGCCUCAUCCAGGACUGCCUGGUAUAUUCGAUUCCCACAAACAGCAACAAACUGGAGCAGUAUGUCGAGGUGAUUAAAUCCACGGAGGAAUUUGAAAAGGCCCUGAAGAGCAUGUGCUUUCUGAAAGGAGAUGUCACAGACUUGCUGAAAUAUGCGAGGAACAUCAACGCCCACUUCGCGAACAAGAAGUGCCAGGACGUGAUAGUGGCGGCCAGGAACCUCAUGACAUCAGAAAUCCACAACACUGUCAAGAUAACACCCGAGUCCUCAGUAGCAUUGCCGAAACUGCCUGACCCCACUGCGGAGGAUCACGUGAAAAUGCAAAAAGCCUCAAAAACUCUGCGCAACGAGAUGGUGAACUUAGAGAAUGAGACCAAGCUGAGCCAGCACACGUUCUCUCUGCCUGCCUGCCGCAUCAGCGUGUCAGUGGAGAGACUGAUGGAGCUGGCUUAUCAGACGCUGUCGGAAGCAACAGCCAGCACAGAUCAGUGUUGUAUACAGCUCUUCUAUGCGGUGCGAAACAUCUUCCAGUUGUUCUACGAUGUCGUGCCAACCUACCACAAAGAAAACCUGCAGAAGCUGCCACAGCUCGCUGCCAUUCACCACAACAAUUGCAUGUACAUUGCUCACCACCUGCUGACGCUGGGCCAUCAGUUUCGAUAUCGCCUUACCAGCAUGCUGUGCGAUGGAGCAGCAACAUUUGUGGAUCUGGUCCCUGGUUUUCGGAGGCUUGGUGUUGCACCAGCUGAGGAGACUGGGCAAAGUCUGGCAGGACGUGCUGCCAGCGACUGUGUACUGCAAAGCCAUGGGGACGUUGCUGAACACGGCCCUCGUGGAGAUCAUCAGUCGAGUCACAGCCUUAGAGGACAUCUCGGCAGAGGAUGCAGACCGGCUGCACUCCCUCUGCAGGACCGUGGCAGAGGAGGGGCCACGGGUGUUCGCCCCGCUCCCCGAGGAGAGCGAGAACCGGAAAUACCAGGAGGAGGUGCCUGUCUAUGUGCACCGCUGGAUGACAUUCAAGCAGCUGAUGCUAAUACUGCAGGCCAAUCUCCAGGAGAUUGUGGAUCAGUGGGCGGAUGGCAAAGGGCCCCUGGCAGCGGAGUUCUCCCCCGCGGAGGUGAAGAGCCUGAUCCGAGCCCUGUUCCAGAACACGGAGAGGAGAGCAGCCGCUCUUGCCAAGAUCAGAUAAGCACACCUGCCCCGUGCCACGCCCAGGUCCUGCUGCAGGCCUGGGAACUGGCCGUUCUGAACAAAGCCUGGACCCUAACUGGUUUUCUAGCACUGCCUAAUUUCAGCAGUACACAAGUGCUCCUUGGAGGUCGGUGGCAGGGGAAACCCAGCCAGAGCCUGGCACACACGUCUACGUGCAGCGGUGGAAGGAAGCAGGACCUCAGGCAACCUAAGGGGACAGCGUGUCGGGACUUUCAGUUCCUGCUGUAUCCAUUGGCCAGCUCUGCAGCGAGGGGGUCCUUGUCGUAGGGGCUGAGCUUUGCACCUGUGGGGCAGGGGUCUGCAGCAGUAUAGGUUCCUGACUGCCCUCCUUCUGACUGCUCCUUCUCACCAUUGCCACUGAGGGACAGGGACAGAUCCCUAUCUCCAGGCUCCUGUUUGGGGGACAGUGCUUGCUGCUGCACAGGAUGGUGCUGCCAGAAAGGCAGUGCUGUGUGGGGGCAUUUUUUGUUAUGCUGGUGGGGCAGCUGCAUACUGCAGGGUGAUGUGUCUGACUCCUGGGCUCGCUAUCUAUGCCGCUUUGUCAGUGAAAGUGUGUGAGAAUUGGGCCCCCCCUGUUGUCCCUCGCCAUCCCGCUCUUCGUGCUCCGAGCCCUGGCAGCGGUGAGCAUCUUGGCACGGGUGGUCAGGUGCCUGGCAUCACUCUGGAGUGGGUGUGUUUGUUAGCGGGAAGCCUGGCAAGGUCGUGGGCUGUGAGUGUUGUGUGUGCCGGAAUGAACUGUUCAGCAGCGGUGGUUGUGAGUGCAGUGGGCAGGGGCUUUUCUGGCUGGUGUCGGGGGUGGGAUCUUUCUGUCUCCCAGGGUGAGUGGCCUUAGAUCACCUGUGCAGUGUGUAGUCAUUUUUUGCCUUUUCAGGUGUGCAAGCCAGGUCCUGCUGCCUCCUCCCUUGCUUGUGGUGUGUGCCUGGAAGUCAUCUGCUCUGCCCUGGAGGAGUGUGCCUCUGCAUGGGAGUGCUUGCAGGGCUUGAGAGGGGAGCUGUGCACGCAGGGAGGCUGGCCCAGUGGUGUGGCUGAGGAGUCAUGAGUGGAGGUACCUGCCUGGAGUCCCCUGACCCUCCGCCCCAUGAUCCUGAGGAGCUGCAGGUAGGGAGAGAUGUCCCUCCCCGAGUCACCUGGCAGGGGAACUGUAGCAUGCUCAGGCCUCUCCUUGUCUGGGUGGGGCAAACCAGCGUCUUCCCCUGGUCCGUGGGGUGGCAAUCCUGGUGUGUGGUAGUCCUGUGCUCUGUUGGACUCCUGUUGGGGGAAAUGUCCCCACGCCUUGUCUACAGUCCCUGCAGUGGUAACCAGGAGAGAGGACAUUUGUGGGGGUGAAUCUCUGGGGCUUUGCGGCUGCUCCAGGUGGCAGUGGGCUUGCAAGCUACCUAGAUGGCCAAGUCAACAGACUAGCUGCAGAAAAAACAAGUGGCCUCAUGUGGCAUAGGAGCUGAAGAAAGGGAGGACUGGAGACAUGUGGUGGCUUGUCUAGGGGUGUGUGUCUGUGUGUGUGUGUGGUGUCUUAUGGUGGGGGGUUUCCACUUCCUCAGUGUCCUAGGUGGCAGUAGAGGCAAAUCAGUGGAGCAGUUAGUUAGCUAGUUGAUGCCAGGCAUAAGGUGUGUUGUCUCCCAUCCCAGAAGUCCCAGCAGCAAGUGCUCCUGGGCAGCACUGCUCUGGCCUUAGAGUUGGGUGGUGAGGUGUUGAGGACUGGGAGUAGUUAGUCAGUGAGGCAGCAGGAGGGAAAAGACAGGGAAGGGAAAGGGAGGAGCUGCGGCUGAGAGCUGUGGAAGAGGGCAGCUGGUGUUAUUUCCCAAAGUGAGGUGUUGUGCAGCACUGUCAGUGCCCAGGUGUCCAUCAGGCAGCAGCCGUGGGGUGGAUAGCUAGCGGGCUCCUCUGUUGGGGAGGAAAGAGUUGUGUUGUGGUUGCUUUUUACUGGUUUUUCUCCCCUUGUGCUCUCCCCCCGGCACCUCCCUGUCUGAGAACUGGGCAUGGCUGGGCACCUCCCUGUCUUGAGUCAGCUGGGCAGUGUGGUGGGUGCCGGCUCUGGGGAGCAGCCCCAAGCCUGGGCAUGGCUGAGUGGCCUGGGUGUCUGCGUACUCGUGGGUGUGUUAGUAUAGCCUGGUCUCCAUGUGUGCGGUGACUCUGUGCAGGUGGGGUGGUGCCUGCGUGAGCUUUUGUGCUCCCACUCCUCUCUGUACCUAGUCCUCGUGCAAUGUGGGUCAGUGGAGCACUCUGAGGGGGCCUUAGAUGGUACAUCCAACCCCACUAGCAGAGACGGUUCUUCCCCUGUGCAGUGCACUAGGCUUGGAGGGGGCUGACAGUCAGGCCUUGGUGCUGCGUCCAGCAGUGCAAGUGCCGUCCAGCCCCCGGAGGGGUUCCAAAGUGCAGAAUGAGGGGAAGGCCAGAGGGCCUGGCCUACUAGGGGCUGUCUCCUGAGGCAUAUGUAGGGACCUGCUGUGAGCCCCCUGGGCCUGAGGCCUGAUCUCCCUCUCCCCAGUGAGUCCCAGGAUCUUGGUGAUUGUUGGCUGCAGAUGCUGGAAACUCUCUUUGGUGACUUGUGUCGAAAGAAGCAGCCUCCAUACCUCCUUGUACUGCGUGCAGUCAAUAAAGCGAUUCCCUCCAGCAAGCACGAUGUCCGUGUCUCU